GUGACGCCACGCCGCCUCUCCUCACUCCUCCUUUUGUGCCGCUGACGGGAUCCUUCUCGGGCAGGAUUUUAAACCACAGGCAGAGAAAAUGGCUGUACCUCCCACCUACAUUGACCUUGGAAAGUCUGCCAAGGAUGUCUUCACUAAGGGAUACGGCUUUGGUCUCAUCAAGCUGGACCUGAAAACUAAGUCGGAAAACGGACUGGAGUUCACCAGCACAGGCUCUGCUAACACAGAAACCAGCAAGGUCUCCGGCUCCCUGGAGACCAAAUAUAAGUGGACAGAGCAUGGCCUCACCUUCACCGAGAAGUGGAACACCGACAACACCCUGGGGACUGAGAUCACCCUUGAGGACCAGUUGGCCAAUGGCCUGAAGCUGACGUUCGAUUCCUCCUUCUCGCCAAACACUGGCAAGAAGAGUGGCAAGAUCAAGACAGCGUACAAGCGUGACCACAUCAACCUUGGCUGCGACGUUGACUAUGAUAUCAAUGGCACAGCCAUCCAUGGUGCAGCGGUGGUGGGCUAUGAGGGCUGGCUAGCCGGCUACCAGAUGACCUUUGAGGCUGGCAGGAACAGGAUCACUCAGAGCAACUUUGCUGUGGGCUUCAAGACCGAUGAGUUCCAGCUUCACACAAAUGUUAAUGAUGGCACUGAGUUUGGAGGCUCCAUCUACCAGAAGGUGAAUGACCAGUUGGAGACAGCUGUCAAUCUGGCGUGGACAGCUGGAAACAGCAACACCCGCUUUGGCAUUGCGGCAAAAUACCAGAUUGAUCCCGACGCUUCCUUCUCUGCCAAGGUGAACAACUCUAGCCUUGUAGGUUUGGGCUACACUCAAACUCUGAAGCCAGGAAUCAAGCUAACACUCUCUGCCCUCCUUGAUGGCAAGAACAUCAACGCUGGUGGCCACAAGCUUGGCCUUGGCCUCGAGUUCCAGGCAUAGGAAAGUUUAGGCACACCUCUUGUACCCCCUCUACACCAACACAUAUGCAGACACAUACACACACGUGCACACAUCUCCAUGCUCCACACCCAAAGAACCUCCAAAUCCGCUAUUGAAUAACUCCUCUUCUAACCACAAUCCUGUUUCCCUUAGAUGUGCUGCCGUUGAAAGGAAGCAACUUAGCAGAAGUAUAUAUGAGAUGAUGAUCUGUUACUUGAAAGGACAACGUUAAGGGAACAAACAUUCUAAAAACAUGGGACCCAGUUAAGAGCAAAGCUAAAAAAAAAAAAACUAAAAAAAACUGGAAGUCUGAAGUGUGUAGCUUACAAAGGAAAAGUAGCCUGUAGUUCACUUUGAUAGAUUUUUUUUUUCAUUCCAGUACAGUCAUGCAGAAUGCUCUAAUUUAUUUAUCUUUCCUCAUGCGAUGCAGAUAAAAUGGGUUAACAUUUUAGCAGGAUUGUGGGGACACAGAACAGGCCGAACAAAUUAAACACACAGUUCAUAAUUUGCACCACUCGAUGUUGCUGUUGCGGAUGCCAGUCGUCGCUCCUUGAUCACAGCAUUCUGUGGUUGACCAACUUUCCAACCCUUCUUCUACACUGGAGAGUUCUUGUAUUCUGUUCUAGUCUGCUAUAUUCUAGCAUCUGUCUUAAGAAAUUGUACAAUGGGAUGGGUUAGUUGUCCUUGAUGUAAGCAGCUGUGGUUAGCUCAGAGAGACACUAAACCCUGUUGUAUAUGUUAUGUUUUUGUCACACUCGUCUUUUGUGUCUGUGCAUUUGGUGUGAAUUAUGUCUUUUGUUACGUAUAGCAAAAAUGUUAUUUUACUGACAGUCUUGCAUACUUUUACCUACCUGUGAAGAGAAUUAAGACGUGUCAACCAUUCCUGGUUGAAUAAAGGGAAGAAAAUCUGUCUCGCAUACUGUUCAACCUCUUUUAAAAGAGUUGCUUUGGAGCACAUGGAAGAGAAAUCAUUAAGUUUGAAGGAAAUAGUAGUCUUCCAAAAAUGGUUAUCUGAACUGAACUUGGUGUACUUGACAGUAUUGUUACGCCCUGAUAUAAAUAAACAACUUGAA